CCGUUUCCAUGGGGACGCGGGCGGGGCAAAGCUGUGACGAGCUUUGUAGGCGCCGGGAGAGGGCCGACAGUUAUCUCUCCAGGCGGAAUAUGGAGCUUCAGGAGCUUGUUCGACGCGUGACGCUGUUGCAGGCUUGUGUGAGGGGUCGGCAGGUCCGGAGGCGGCUGCAGAGCUUGAGAGCCGAGUAUGAGGAGGUGGUGCGGCAGGUGGAGGGCGACGACUUGGGCGGGCAGCUGCGCUGGGUGGGGCGCUGGCUCCCGAGGCCCGUUUUCUCCCCGGACACCCGGAGAAGGACCUUUGCCCCAAGGGCGGGGGGAGACAGCAGUCUCGGUCCAGUUCGGGAACCCCCCAGCAGACUUCAGGAUGAAGAACCGGAGAGAGAUCAAGGCUGGAAGGAACAGCCGAAAGUGAAGUCUGGCCAGGAAGAAGGUCCUGGCCCUCAACUGGAGGGUGGUGACAGGAUGCUGACAAGGAACCCAGGGUCACAGGAGCUAACACUGCCCUCCCAGCCUGCCCAGCUCCAGAGACUUCAGAGACACCUGGCCAUGGAAAUGCUAUGGCUACAGCAGGCCAUUGUCAGUCGAAAGAAGUAUCUUCUUCUCAGACAAACACUGGAUCUCCCGGAUUAGUUGGAGAGGGCUGUACCUCAAGUAAUGGAACCUCGAGAACAUCCGAGUGACCGGGCAAUUGGCAGGACUGGGAAGCAGAUACUGCUAUGACUUCUGUUCCCUGCCUGUGGAGCAGAGUGAAGUCAGAAUACAACUAAUCUUCAAGGCUUAGUUACUGCAUUGUACACUAGAAUCUUCCUCCUCCUGACUCCAGGGACCAUAUUGGUAUCAAGGAUUUCUAAUCCUCAAUACUACAGACCCUAGGCUGAGAAUUGGUAGGCCUUGGGCUAGGUUAAGCAACUCUACGCUUGGAGGGGUAGUUUCCUUUGCCAGCCCAGAAUCCUGUACCCCAGCACCAGGGCUGGAGUUGGAUGGACCCUGCUUCAGAAGGCUUCCUUUGGGCAGGUGUUAGGUAGACUUGUCAUUCUGGUCAGAGCACAGUAAGAAUUGGAGGGGAAAGGAAGAGAAUCAGGCCAUUGGGUUAAAGGAGAAAUAAAACUUCUCUUUGGAACUUGA